AUGGGGAAAGAGGCGGCGUCGGAGGGCGGGGCAGAGCAGAGCUGCUGGUUGCCUAAGGCGCCAUCAGUCACGCGGAGCAAGGAGGAGCCGGAGGAGCUGCGGAGCGGAGGACGGAGCAGCCCGGCUCCCGGCCGCCCCGGUCAGGAGCGGAGGACGGAGCAGCCCGGGUCCCGGCCGCCCCGGUCAGGAGCGGAGGACGCAGCAGCCCGGCUCCCGGCCGCCCGGCUCAGGAGCGGAGGACGCAGCAGCCCGGCUCCCGGCCGCCCGGGUCAGGAGCGGAGGACGCAGCAGCCCGGCUCCCGGCCGCCCGGGCGUGUGCGGGUCUCGUGGCCCUCGCUGCCCGCCGGCUUCCCGGUCCUCCGCGUCAGCCUCUGGGAGGCGGCUCGGGCUGAGGAGCGGGCUGCACGGUGGGGCCCGGGACCCCAGCCAGGGCCCGAGGGGCCACCGGAGAGCGGCGGAGAGGCCAGACGCCCGGGGCCGCGGUGUCGGCACGGCGUCUGUUGGAAGGCCUCCUUCGUGACCCCGGGGUCUCCAGCGGGGCCCGCUCAGCCCCUGCCCCGCUGGCUCGCGGUCCCUGCGGAACGCCCAGGAGCGGCCACGCCGGGCCCCCGGCGCCCGCGCGUCCCAACUGGUGCCCGGCAGCCGAGCAGGGCGGCGCUGGUUUCCCUGCGAAGCCGGGCGGCCUUCCGCAGAAAGGAGGCGGAGGAAGCCUGUGGCGAUGGCCGGGGUGCCGGGGAAGCCCGUGGGGCCGACAGAGAGGCUCAGCUGCCCCUGUGGCCCCGCAAAAGGACGGAGAGGGACGACGUAAGGGUGCCAGGUGGGGCGGGACCCCGCUGCACAAUCAACGCGGGCCUCAACGAUUGUGAUACUCGAGCGUUUCCGGAGCUCUCCUGGCAGGCGGGUGACGGCCGCCUGAGCUCGGACCCUGGCGCAGGCCGGGCCGAGGUCGGGAGACAUGGGGAGCCCCUGCUGUGCCCGGCAUCUCCUAGCGGGGGGCACCGGGCACGGGGCUCCCCAGGGCUCGGGGCUGCCCCCCCGCACCUCGGCCCCAGUGCCCGGGCAGCGCCUGAGAGCCCCGAGCCGGGGCUCCCGGAAACGAGACCCCACUUCCGCUCGGCCUUCCUCGCCCCGCCCGCCCGCCCGGCAUGGUUCACGUUCUCAACUUUAUUAAAGGAGCGGCCGCAGCCCGGACGGCCGCCUCCCCUCCGCAGCCCGGACGGCCGCCUCCCCUCCGCAGCCCGGACGGCCGCCUCCCCUCCGCAGCCCGGACGGCCGCCUCCCCUCCGCGACACCCCUGCGCCCCCGCAGACGCAAGGCCUCGUGGCCACCCAGCCCCCCGCCGGGCCCACCGCCCUCUGCCACCCCCGUAGAGCUCCGGGUUCUAAGUCUGAAAGUUCCGGAAACCGCCAGGGCCGGAGCCACGCUGGGACGCGGCCAAGACGUGCACUUUUGGGGGACACACGGCAGGAGCUGGGGGGCCCCGGCCGUGCCCGGAGCCCUGGCUCUCAAUCUGUGAGUGAAAGGAAGACGUGGCUGCCCGGCGGCCCCUCGCGUGCAGUCGGUGCCCGGUCUCCACGGACGAGGGUGGAAGGCAGCACCGAGACCGUCUGUGAGGCGAGGACCGAGGCCCGGAGACGCCCGUCCUCGCCACUAACGCCCCAAAGCCAGACGCGGAGCCGUGGCUCACGCGGUGGAGCACCCGCCUUGACCGGGAAAGCUCGGGGACCGCACUCGGGCGGCCCCAGCACCGCGGAGGGAGGAGGGAAGGUCGGGGGACUGCGAGGAGCCCGUCUGGGCGUUUCCUGGCGAGGGGCCCUGGGCGAGGGCCACGGGGCCACGGUCACGCCGUCCGGAAGUGGGAACGGGAAGCUGGAGGGCCCGAGUUCACACGGGAUCCCGGCCCGCGGGGGCCCUGCCCACGCCACAAGCUUGCCCUCCGAGGAGGCCGAGGCCCAGGCCCGGGAGCCGACGCCGCCGGCACGGGGCUCGGGUACGGACUUGGCAGCAAGAAUCAAAGACCAGCUCAGCCCCGUGACGCCCCACGGUGGCCCUCGGGAGGCCCUGGUGCCCAGCCCCGUGACGCCCCACGGUGGCCCUCGGGAGGCCCUGGUGCCCAGCCCCGUGACGCCCCACGGUGGCCCUCGGGAGGCCCUGGUGCCCAGCCCCGUGACGCCCCACGGUGGCCCUCGGGAGGCCCUGGUGCCCAGGCGGAGGGGCUCUGCCCCUGCCCAUCCUCACCGGGUGCGUUGCAAGUUCGUGGGUGCCGGUCACUUUCUAGGAAGGACCAAGACGAAGCCCACGCUCCUGCCUGGCUUCUCAGCGGUGCCCCCUGCCCGACACCACCACGGACACCCGCAAUCCCAGCCCCCGUGCCGGCGGGCCUCCGGCGGCCACGCUCCUCCCACUGGGCGAGUGGGAGCAGCCGAGGGGCUCUGCCGACUUCACCUGGAGCGGUGUCUGGAGAGCCCCCGGAAGGGAUUACCUGGGGUCCGGUUACAGCCCGGCUCUCGGCCUGCUAAUGAGUUCAGGCACAGGUGGCAGAGGUGA